AUGUCAUUCAGUUCGCCUUUGUCAAUCACAGUUAGCUUUAGCGUCUUCAUUGAUAUUAUUAUUAUCAUUACCACACUGAUUACUGUUACUCUUCUUGCCGGUGUGAUAACGGGGGCUAAGUGCUCAAAUUUAUUACGUCUUGAGCCACCACCUCUUAACAAUAGUCGAUAUGUGGUUCGAGUUGAUCGUAAAUUUCGGAUUUCUUGCAUUUGUCAACAGACUUCUUUAAAUUGUUUACAUCUUGCAUGGCGAAAUGAAUUUGGUCGUAAAAUAGAUGGCGAAUCUUCAAAUAGUCUGUUUACUGUUGAGUUACGAGAGCAUAACACAAUGUAUAAAAAGUUGUCGUUGGUAUUCACGCAAAUUGCUAAACGUGAUACCGGGAUCUAUAAAUGUGUUGCCAGGAAUUCCAGAAGGAUUUCGGCUAAUUGGAAAGUGGAAAUCAUCGUCGUAGAUGAAAUUCAUUGGAAAGAAAACAGUGAUGUUGUUGGAGGGAUGUUUGGCGAAUCGUUGACCAUCGAUUGUGGAUCCAUUGGCAAUCCACAACCGGAAACCUAUAUUACGAAUCAUAACGGAUUUCCACUUAAUGAGACGUUGUUCGUUACGGCUGGAUCAGAAGUAACUGUUAAGAAGCUUACAAAUGAGUAUCAAGAUGCUAUCAUCAAAUGCUUGUCAGUUCAAGAAUUUGAACAAUAUGAUGCAACAGUUGUUGAGCAACACGAAAUUCGAUUAGACGUUUGGUCGUCUCCGGAAUUCAAUAAACCGUUUGUGGAACGUUUUAUUGUUCUGGAUCAAUCAGCUCAAAUUUGUUGUAACGUAACGCGUUCAAAUCCACCUGCUAGGCAUUUCCGAUAUUUGAAAGGUAGUGAUGAGCUUCGGAACGAUACCAAUCAUAUUAUUUUAAUUGAUGCUUUAAAUCAAAGAAGUUGUCUUAAGAUUUUAUCACCAACAGAAUAUGAUUUGGGUGAAUAUCGAUGUGAAGUGAGUAAUGGAAAGUCAAGGUCACAACAAACAAUUGCUGUUAAAGAAGCAACUCCACCUGGUGAAGUUCAUGUUUCACUGCAAGAUGUUGGAAUGACUUAUGUGUUGUGGAAAAUUGAGGAAGGAUUUGGUGAACAAUUGCCAAUACGACGUUAUAUUAUCGAAUAUAUUAAGAAAUCUAUUCUAGAACAAAGUCGUGAUCAAACUAGAGAAAAUAAUCGUGUUUGGUUUGCGCAUGCUGUUAAAAUGAAUGUACAUUUAAAUAAGGAUGGAUUAUAUGAAAUUGGUGGAUUACGUCAAGGAACAACAUAUAUAUUCAGAUUUACAGCAGAAAAUGAAGCUGGAAUUGGUGAUACGGUUACAUUAGCUGUAAAAACAACUUCAGGAAUCAAAUUAUCUAAGCUCACACGAUCUGCGUCAUUAUCACUUCAACAAUUGACACUUAUUCCUUUUAUUCUUCACUUUUUUCCCACCUGGCCAGUUUGA